CCAACACACUUUUCCACAAAAAACACAUACACAUACACGUAAACAUGCAUGACAUAGAUAAGAAUAUAAAUGUCUGUAUAUAUUAUAGUUUAUGUCAAACAAGAGGACUAUAUAGUAAUGCAUAUAGGACACUGAUAUCUGAUCAUAUGUAUUAUUAAGUUCCAACGUUGAAAUGAUCAUAGAAAGACUAUACACAUUGAGAUAUAGUUAGUCACUGAUCGAGAUAGCUAGCUAGAGACCAUUGUCGCCGAAGAGACAUGGACGGACCAUUUUCGCCGGAGAAAGGCUCCAUGUUGCUUGACCUAAACAGAGAAGAGGCGGCGGAGGAGAAGAACAACGAAGAGGAGUCAUCAGUUGAAGAUGAAGACCAACAAGUCACAAGUAGUAACAACGUGAGACAGUAUGUUCGGUCCAACAUGCCUCGUCUUCGCUGGACGCCUGAUCUUCAUAUUUCCUUCGUCCGUGCAGUCCAACGACUUGGCGGCCCACACAGGGCGACACCUAAAAUGGUUCUUCAGAUGAUGAAUCUGAAAGGAUUGAGUAUUGCGCAUGUCAAGAGUCACUUGCAGAUGUAUCGGAGUAAGAAGCUCGAGGCAACGUCUCUACAUGACGUUGGAGCUAUGAUGGGAGCACAAAGAAACUAUUUGUUAGACAUGAUUGAUAUGCCUUAUGGUGAUUUAAGACAUGCCUAUUACCCUAAAACAGUUCCUUCAAGGGUAAACAGUCAAGGCGCGGUCUUCACAAAUCUGGGAGCUAACUUUGUAAUGCGACCUUCGAGCUGGUGUAACAGGAUAAGUGGCAAUGAGUUGCAUGCUGUCCGUGUUGGACUUGACAGAAACAACAUGGAGAACAAGACUCUGCCUCUGCUCGAGAUCAGAAGGACGAGCCAUGAGAAAAGACUCCGAGAAGAACAAGAGAGAGAAGUAUCAUCACUCAAAAGAUUAAAACCAAUGUCCGGAGAUGAAAAUCAAUUGUCUGAGUUAAGAAAUUGCAGGACAAAACAAACAGAUGGUAUCAACACAAUGCUCUCGCUGUCUCUGUUCUCGACAUCAUCAGGAGACAGUAGUGAUGGCAUAUGACAUAGUAGAGACAUAAAGGUUCAAGCUUUUAGGGGAUUCAAGGGUAGAGACUGUUUCUUUAAGCCGUUUCUUGAGAUGAGUACUUAGCCAGGAUCUGGGUCGAGCUUGAUUCAGAUCCUGUAGGUACUUCUCUUUCGGGUGGAUUCUUGAGUUUUGUAUUCUUACGUAUAAUCAAAAUAAUAAGUCGUUGUAACUCAACUUUGUAGAAUGCAAACAAAACACAUGUAAUAAUUAAUGAUAUGUUUAUCCUCCACC